CAAGUAUGUGCAGAGAGAGGAGGAAAACUCAGAGGGAAGUGGCCUCUUACCAAAGCCUUUUACGUGCUCAACACUGGCCAGAUUGAAACUGCCGCUCAGGGGAAGAGAGAUCCAGACCAGAACUCCCGCCUGUGUGAGGCUUGAUGCCGCUCAUGAAUCCUCGAAAGAAAGUGGACUUGAAACUCAUCAUUGUUGGUGCACUUGGUGUGGGAAAGACCUCUCUCCUUCACCAAUAUGUACACAAAACCUUUUUUGAGGAAUACCAGACCACCCUGGGGGCCAGCAUCCUCUCCAAAAUCAUCAUCCAGGAUGACACCACUUUGAAGCUCCAGAUCUGGGACACAGGUGGUCAAGAGCGCUUCCGUUCCAUGGUAUCAACAUUCUACAAAGGUUCCGACGGCUGUGUCUUGGCAUUCGACGUCACUGAUCCAGAGUCCUUUGAAGCCCUGGGUAUCUGGAGGGAUGACGUCCUAGCCAAGAUCAACCCCAUGGAGCAAUCAUAUCCCAUGGUAGUGCUUGGGAACAAAAUCGAUCUGGAAGACAGGAAGGUGCCCCAGGAGGUGGCCCACGGAUGGUGUAAAGCUAAGGACAUGCCUUACUUUGAAGUUAGCGCCAAGAACGACAUCAAUGUGGUCCAAGCCUUUGAGGUUCUGGCCAGCCAGGCUCUGCUGCGGUACCAAGGCGCUGUAGAGAGUCACCUUGUGGACUCCAUCAAGCUCUCACCAGGCCAGCCAAAGAGCAGAUGCUGCUGACUUCUGGGCUCGUCCUCAGCCCCACCGGCAGUUGGGCAGGACGCUGACUGCAACCUCACCUCCACCAGCCCCCUGCAUGCCCCUACCGAGCCCGGAGGCUGCAGCAAGAGAGAAUGCCACAAUCCAGGACUCUUAACGGCUCAAGCUCUUCGGCCUCCUCUCCCCUGGCACAGUCCUUUCUGCUCAUCUCUACAGUCCUUGAGCCCUCGGACCUGUAGCUAGAGGAUUGCGUUACAGCCCUGCUUCCCUCAGUGGCCAAGCUGAGGAGCCAGGACACAAACCGAGCUUCUUCCCGCAGCUUCUUCCAGGGAGAACUGAGGACACAAGACAAAAAUGAUUGUUCCUGCUUCCCAGGUGCUCAAACAACUCCCACAACUGACCAGGCAGGCCUCGGCGCAUCCAUCUGCUGGAUGAGCCGUCCCAAGGUCCCCAACUAGAAGAUCCAUUUAGGUGCUGCGGACUUGCUGCUGCGGACAGACUCAUUUACUCCUUCAGCAAGUAUUGUUGAUGCCUUUGAUGCACAUUGCACUGAGGAUUGGUAGCAAUACAACAGACGGGAGUCCCGAUUUCCCAAAGAAAUCUGGAGAGAUAGAGUCAGCAGACAUGGAGUAGGACAGACAGAGCAAUGAGGUGCUGUUUAGACAAAGGGGUUCAUGAGGGCUUUCCUGUGGAGGUGACAGUUGGACUGACAGCUAUGGCAUGAGCUACAGGAAGAGCCUAUCAGGAGAGGAAGCCAUGAGGCCUUGAGGUGAUGGACAGCAUGCUGUAUUCCGUAUGAAAGGUCUUUGCCUGCGGUGUCAAAGCUGCUGUCCAAGGAAAUCCUGCUCCCAGAGGGCUCCGUGAUGAUUUGGUGACUGACCACCAGGGGGCAGAGGUGUCCUCUGCUCCCAGGCUGUGGCGUUUGUUCUGGGGACACUUGAAAGGCUGGUUUUCUGUCAAGUAGAUGGUUGAAGCUGUUCCCAGGCUCUGGGGAUGUCGAACCUGGGUUUGUUGAGUAAGAAUUCAAAUGUUCUGAGUAAAUCCUUCAGGAUCCUUGAUUCAGGCAACCAAUCAAAAUCAGAGACAAAUCCCAGAGCGAGGUACCUGGAGAGCAUACAGAUUCUGUGCCCCGCACAUUUCAAGGUUAGAACCUGCUUUUCUUCUGGCUUCACACCACAGAUAGGGUGGCCCAGUCUGAAGGAGGCAGUCAGGAUGAACCUUUAUAGGGUUUUCCAAUGUCAGUUUCAUGCCCCAUGCCUACCACGGGCAUUUCCUGUCUCCACGGGAGUCUGCUUCCUGAGUCCCAGGGAGGACUAACGUGUUAAUCUGAAACUAUAGGAAGAAGCACCUGACUCCAAAGAUUCACUGAGAGGAUCAGGGCACUAACCAGGGACUCGAGGGCCCCGUCCACCCACGCCUAGUUCUGGAGUAUAACGCAAACCACCGUGGGCAGCAGGCACAGGAACAAAAUGUGCCCGUAGCACAGCACCGUCUGUGUCCUUCAGAGAUGAAUGCUAUGCACGCAUACACAUGUGCACGCAUACACAUGCAUAUACACAUACACACGCACACAUGCACACACAUGUACACGCACACACACAUACACGCAUACACAUGCACACACUUACAUGCACACACAUGCGCGCACACAUGUGGCUCUCCUGGGAGUCAGACUGGGAAGGGAUGUGUGGUGUGUGUGAGGGUGUGCAUCCACACUAGCUUCACAGAGUGACCAUAUGGACUGUAGCUAAAUGUACAGCUAGCAAGUGUGUCCUUUGAUUCUACCCCUUGGGGAACAACAGUCCUUCCUGGUGGCAGUCUCAGUUACCCGUGGUCAUCUGGGGGCCAAAAAUAUUAAUAGUAAAUUUCAGAAAUAAGUAACUUACAACUUCCAAAUCACAUGUCCUUCGAUUAACGCCUGUGCCCUCCUACCCAGGCCAGCCGUCCCUCUAUUCAGGGUAUCUACAGUGUGUGCUACCUACGCCAGUCACCUCGCCGCUGUCUCAGCUGCCACAGCAGCCUACAGUUAUGUCACAAGGCCUGUGUCACUCAGCCCACUUAUCUCAACACACAGAUACGGUGCAGCCCGUGUUACCACAGAAGGAUAAGGUUGAGAAUGAACAGUAUUUUUCAAAUACAUGUCUGCAUCUUUUUUAUUAUUGUACAGGCUCAUAAUUAUUUAUUUUCUUAUCAAUUAUUGCUCAUCUCUUGCCAUACCUAAUUUAUUCACUAAGCUUGGUCAUAGGCAUGCGUGGAUUGUGACUUUCAGCAUCUGUGGUGGGUCCAGGAGUACGUCCUUGGAUAAGGAGAAACUAUGGCGUUCAUUUUUUAAUUAAAAAAAAAAAAAAGAGCUGGGCAUGGUGGUGCAAGCCUUUAAUUCCGGCACGUGGGAGGCAGAGUCAGGCUAAUUUCUGAGCUCAAGGCCCAUCGUGAGUCCCAGGACAGCUAGAGUUACAGAGAAACAUUGUCUCAGAAAACAACAACAGGCACCAGGGUAAGCGCCCAACAAAUGCUGCACCGUUUCCUGGUCAUUGUAAUGAAAUGAGCUUGUUCAAAAACUAAUAAUCUCAAAACAGCAGCAACAGCACCAGACAUGAAAGGCGAGUCCUCCUGAAGACAGGCCACCCACCCACGAAGUGAUCCUGAGACCGCAAUGAGCUCUCAGCUGGCGUGAAAGAGCUUUGGACACCUUGAUGCUAAAAGGGGAGGCUCGGCUACAGCCUCACAGAGCCCAGGGCACACAUUCUGUGUUCUCUUCAGAGUCAGAGAGUGGGGACCUGUAGGCCUGGAGACUCACAACUAUUCUGUCACAGCUAGGCGAUGUGCCGACCAGUCCUCGGGGCAGAGUAACUGAGCUCACAAACAGAGCCAAAAUAAUAGCUCCUUGUGGGCUGCCACACCCUACCGUGACUCUGAGUUCGAGACCAGCUCUUAGUAUCCAUGCCAGCAAGCACAGGAACUUUGGCCCACCGCAGUGGCACCCACAGGAGGCCCAGGUAGGGGGUUGUGACAGACAUCCCAGGCCCUCUUUAUUACUGUCCCUUCAAGGAAAAGACCUGAGUCUUUUUCCUAUUGAUCCCAUUGCCCCUGCUCACCACAGGUGGCUCAGCCAAGCACCCCUGGGCGGCUGCUGAAGGGUGAGAGCCCAGGCUAGUAUUCCUGUGCCGUAUACUCUGGGGACUUGGGAAGAAACAAAGUCAAAUCUUAUCAAACAAACAAGGCUUGGAUACUAGGCCCCAGACUGCCCAAGAGGACUUGGGGAAAUGCCCGUUUUCCCUGCCGUUUGCUUCCCUAUAACAGAGCUCUUCCGCCUCUGCCUAGCUGGUGGCCUGUCUAUCCCUCAGUCACAGGUAGCUUCUCAAGCUCGGCCUACAGUCAGACACCUGGCCUGGCACCCACGGUGCAGCCAUGUUUAUAGACAAGUCUGGCAGAGGCCAUAACAACCUCCCUGUUCUCUCACUGUGACCAAUGUCAGCUACACCAGAGCCACAGAGGGGACUUCCAUGGCUUUUAUUUACCCUCGUCUCCUGGGUCCAGAGCAGUGCUGAGAGCCAUUGGGACUCUGUAGCUCUGGAAUGCACAGAACUUGUUAUUGUUUGUUAUGCUUCCUCUGCAGUCUCCUUGAAGGCAGGGCCUACUUUUGUUUUUGUUUGGGAAGAAGGGGUACUUUUUGCUAUUUGAGUUGGAGCUUGUGGGUUUUGUCUUUUGUUGUUAUUAUUGAUACAUAGCCCUGAACUUGAUAUUUUCUGCCUCUCAGGCUCCCAGUCCCUAGGGAAGGGCUGUUUCGUUGCAUCAUUUUAAAUCCUCCCCUUAGCACUCAGCUUUAUAGAUAGGUAGACAGGAGAGGAUAAAUGAAUAUUAGUCAGAGAUAACGGACUGCUGCAUAGUUAUUUUUAAUUAAAUAAAUUUGAUGAGGACCAAAAACUUAUUACUUUGUUUUUCAACAUUUCUGGUUUUUUGUUUAAGAAUUUCAUGCACUCAGAUAAUGUGUUUUGAUGAAACCCAACCCCCACCCCUCGCCUUCCACUCCUCCCUUGUGUCUCACCCCUAGCAUUCUCUCCUCAUGUGCUUUCUUUCUCAAAUCCUCUGAGUCCCUCUAGUGCUGCCCCUGUGGAAGGGCAGCCUCCUAGUAGCUACAUCCUGGGAGAAAAUUAGCUCCACUCCCUCCCCCCAGCAGUCACCAACUGCCUACCUAGAGUGAUGGGAUUUCAGGAGCCCUGCCCCGCCCCAUCCUCGCUGGGCUAUUGGCUAGCUUGGUCUUGCGUGUACAAUCACACACAGCUAUUCUUAACCCAUGGUGUGUGGAUACUUGAAAAUUCAGAAUCAUGUAUGUAAUACCUUAUCUAGUCUAUCAUAGAAAAAGCUUUUACAUAACGAGAAUUCUAGAAGAACAGGUGAGAAAUUAAUAAAAGUGGGUUACCUUUCAUAGGCGAGUCCGGGCAAGUAGGAUCGAGUCUUUACAAAGUACAGUCCUUCAUUUGCAUUUCCAACUCUUUGAAUGUGUUACUCAACCAAAAAUCAAAAGGAAAGAAAUAACCAUUGGUGGGAGAGUGGAGGGGAAAAGAACCAGAGAGAGGAGAGGCCAGGAUCCACCGAGACUUAGCCAUGGCCUUGAUGCCAAAGCUGAGGAACUGAAUUCUAAUUAGAAAGAACACAAGGAUUGCCUCGGUCUUACUCCGUUCUCCUGUGUCAGACCAGAAGUCAAUUUCUCUUCUCCCAAGGGUCAGUCAAUAACAGCACGUGUUUCCGACCUCAGAGGCUCAGCUGAGAUAAACUAUCAAAAGUGUGCCGUGCUCUGAACUACCAGGUAAACGACAGGCAGCGAUAUCUCCCAAGGUCAGUCUCAGGACAGCUAGCCGGUCAACACCUUGGAGCCCCCUAACCGAAGCCCAAAGUAGCCCUUCAGAAGAAUUUCCUUCAGUUUUGUUUAAUGUGUGUCUUGUUUUGUUUUGUUUUUCAAGACAGCGCUGGCUGUCUUGGAACUCACUUUGUAGACCAGGCUGGCCUCCAAGUCACAGAGGCCACUCUCUCCGGAGUGCUAGGAUUAAAGGUGUGCACCACUACC